AUGACGCCGUUCCUGUGUCUCUGUGUUAAGGCCAGGCCUGGUGUUCUUAAAGAUCUGUGCGGCUGUGUUCGGUCGAGGCUUCGGGAGGAGCAGGGGUGGCGCCAGGGGACCCGCCCCCUCGUCUCCUGCCCUGGGCACGGGGCCGUGACUCGCACGCUGGUCGCCUGGCAGCUUCCACGCCCGCAUAGGGCGUGCGCCCCUCUACCGGCAGCCAGAGCAUCCGGCCCCGGCCCCCCAGAGUUGCCCAAGACGCAGGGUGACUCCUCCCUGGGGACCUUCCCCUUCUUGGACGCGUCAUUCUCCCCACCCCUGAGUCCUGACCCCCGCGGCUUCUCGCGCGCGGACCACGGCGGGGACACGUCCUAGCCACCUGCUGAGGAGCCGGGAGCCCGGGGCGCCGUCCGCCUGUGCGUCGGCCAGUGCGCCCAGGGCCCCAUGGAGCUGCCGGCCAGCAAUGCCAGCUGCGAGAAUGGUUCCCUGAUCAAUGCAUACUGUUCCUCUCAGCAAGUCCUGUGUCAGAUCGUGGGUGACCUCAGCCCUGAGCUGCCCAGCAAUGUCACCUUUCACAGCUGGCAGGAGAAGGUCAGGCAGAACUAUGGCUUCUACGUCGGCCUGGGCCUGGCCUUCCUGUCCAGCUUCCUUAUCGGCAGUAGCGUCAUCCUCAAGAAGAAAGGCCUCAUGCGACUGGUGGCCACAGGGGCCACUAGGGCUGUGGAUGGAGGUUAUGGCUACCUGAAGGAUGGAAUGUGGUGGGCUGGAUUUCUCACCAUGGCCGCUGGAGAAGUUGCCAACUUUGGGGCAUACGCAUUUGCUCCUGCCACAGUCGUCACACCUCUGGGGGCGCUGAGUGUGCUCAUAAGUGCCAUCCUCUCCUCAUAUUUCCUGAGAGAGACUCUGAAUCUGCUGGGAAAGCUGGGCUGUGUGAUCUGUGUGGCCGGAAGCACAGUGAUGGUGAUACACGCCCCUGAGGAAGAGAAGGUCACCACAGUCAUUGAGAUGGCGACCAAAAUGAAAGACACAGGGUACAUCGUGUUUGCUGUGCUUAUGCUGGUGUUCUGCCUCAUCCUCAUCUUCGUCAUUGCCCCACGUUAUGGGCAGAGGAAUAUCCUGGUUUACAUCGUCAUCUGCUCUGUGAUCGGGGCCUUCUCUGUGUCUGCCGUCAAGGGUCUGGGCAUCACCAUUAAGAACUUCUUCCAGGGAUUGCCGGUUGUACGGCAUCCCCUCCCCUACAUCCUCUCCCUCAUCCUGGCCCUUUCACUCAGCACACAGGUCAACUUUCUCAACAGGGCACUGGACAUCUUCAAUACCUCCCUGGUGUUCCCCAUCUACUAUGUGUUCUUCACCUCAGUGGUGGUUACCUCCUCCAUCAUCCUCUUCAAGGAGUGGCACAGCAUGUCUGCCGUGGACAUUGUGGGCACCCUCUCUGGCUUUGUCACCAUCAUCCUGGGUGUAUUCAUGCUUCAUGCUUUCAAGGAUCUGGACAUCACCUCAGCUAACUUGCCACACAUGCACAAAAACCCCACCCCACCCCCAGCUUCUGCCUCAGAACCCACUGUCAUUAGACUGGAAGAUAAGAACGUUCUUGUGAAUAAUAUGGAACUAACAAGUACCCCAUCUCCAGAAGAGAAGCCAAAAGUAUUUAUAAUCCAUUCUUAA